UAAUUUGCUGGAAAUAGAUUAAGAAGGAACAUGCUUUUGUGUGGACUGGACCCUGAAGUAGUGAGAGCAGAGCAGGGACAGGGAGACACCUUUCGACGGUCACUCAGAGCUAGCUAGCAAGCGGCCAAAAACUCACACCUCAUCCGACCUGGCACGACCACCCCACGGAUCGAAAGUGCUACAGACACUAGCACCGUUCAGAAAAAGCUGUAACAAAGAGAUCCGUAGGGCAGUGACACCCAGGACAGGGUCGUGGGGUGUUCAUCCUUGAUUGCCACUGCUAGCUACUGAUGAGAGGGCGUCAAUCACACAAUAAAUGUGUUCUUUUCAAGGUCUCUAGGAGACUAAUUAAAAAAUAUAAGAAGCCAGUUUUUCGCGAAGAAUUGUCUCUACACGACUCUCUAUAUAUAUUAUUUUCUGCAUCUAGGUUUAGAGUCUCUGAGUUGAAUCAUAUAGUUUUUUAACUGUAUCUUAUACUUAAAAAAUCAGGGUUGUACAUACCAUCCCUGUGUCUGGAUGAUCCAAACACGCCGUCCAACGAAGAAUGCCCGUGGUGCACAACCGUGAAUGAAGGUCAAGAUUCAAGAACCAGAAGGUUCUCGGGGUUGUUCGCUUGAUUAAAGCCAGUUAUUUGGACUUUUGUAUCUAUAAUCUAUAGAGACAAAAAUAUUAUAAAAAUAAUAUAGGGACUGUGUUCUACGAGAAAAAAAGGAAAGGAAAACAAGAACUAGUACUACACCAAUCUCAAACAAGUCGGUCGUUCUCGGACGUACUCCUACUGAUGAUGAGACUGAGAGACAUGAGGGAGGAGGAAGCGGCCUGCCUGGAACUGACCCACCGUCACCACUGCUGCCCUGCCCACACAGCGAUCAAUGCUACAAGACACCCUCACUCACCAUCCUGGGAAUCUGCUGCAUUCAAUACUCCCUUCCCCAAAACAAGAACUGUCAAUGCAUGCAGUCCAUCCAGCCCUCUCUCUCUCAUCAGCCGUCCUGCCCAGCCCAGAUCCACCCCAUCAACCAGCAGGUCCAGUCCAGCCAUCCAACUCCAGCACAGAACGAGAACAGCACCACUGCUGCUGUACUGCUUGCUGUUCGCCUCCCAGCAGUGGAACACCAGCACUUCCCCUUCAGCGUCCAGCCGUCGACCGAGCACACGGCCAGAGCGGUGCCUCGCUUCUGCUUUGGACGCUUGUGAUCCAGUAGAGUAACCAGGAAGGAAGCAAAUCAACACGGCUGCUAAAAAGAAACCGGCGAUUAAACCAGGUGCCGCAAGGCUACAAAAUCCCCUGCUUGUCCUGUUGCGCCCCGCCGCCGCUGGGUUCCGAGGGAGGGCCAGCCGUAGAAAGGAGAUAAGAAGCGAGAAGAGAGCACAGGCAGAGGGAGUGAGGGAAAAGGCGAGAGCGUAGAAAGGUGAGAGCUUUUUUCUUUUCUUUUUUCAUCCGAUUGCUCCUCGCACUCGCACAGUCGCGCAUCUUUUCCGCCCCCACCUCAAUCUCUCUGGAUUCUCUCGAAGUUUCUUCCUUUUCGAGAGGUGGGAGAGAAGAGACGCCCGCAGCGGCACGAGCUUCUGAAUUCCUGUUUUUUUGUUCCUGGUUUUUUGCUUUUGUUUCUGUUCUUGUUCUUGUGUGCGGGUUUGGUUUGGUUUCCGUGCGCCUUUUCUCUUUAUUCUAGUGCGCCGAUGACGUGAGGCGCCGGGUUUUCAAUACUUGCAUCCUUUUCGCUGCAUUUGUUUAGCGGGAGUUCUUCGAACAAGCAGCGCUGCCGCUGCUUGCGCGAAUCUUUGGAGUGAAGCUCCCCGUCACAUCAGUCCUCUUCUUCCCCGGUCGUCGUCCUAUGCUUGUCCCUGUCUCGGCAAUUCUGGGAUACUAAAGAGGAAUCGGUGAAGGUCCGGUCUUCGAUUCCCCGAGAUUUGCAUCUGAAUCUUCUUCUUCUUCUUCUCUUUUGCCUCCAUGGAGUCUCUUGCUGCGUGCCACUCCAUCGAGCGAGUCUAGCGCGCGCGACACAGUAGCAGCAGCAAAGCAGUCCGGUCGGAGAAGCGGAAGUUCGCGUUGCUUUGCUGAUCCAAUGGGGGAGACCAACGAGCUACCGCCGCCACCCGUGGCCGCGCCGCCGCCCAUGAUGCCGAUGCAGUCCAUGAUGGUCGGCGCAGGCGCCAUCCACCCGCCCCACGAGCAGUUCCACCAUCUCAACUACUGCGUCCACUCAAAUCCAUCCUGGGUUCAGGUGGCAGCACUUGCAUUCCUUCACUAUCUUGUGAUGUUGGGUUCUACCGUCAUGCUUGCAACAGCUAUUGUUCCUGCGAUGGGUGGUAACGCUGGUGACAAGGCUCGAGUUAUUCAAUCGUUCCUCUUUAUGAGUGGCAUAAACACACUGCUGCAAACACUUAUUGGAACGAGACUUCCAACAGUUAUGAAUGCCUCUUUUGCAUUUGUUGUCCCAGUGCUGUCAAUAGCAAAAGAGAUUGAAUCAAAUAACUUCCUGAAUGAUCAUGAGAGAUUUAAACACACAAUGAGAACAGCACAAGGAGCUCUGAUUGUGGCAUCCAUCCUCAACAUGAUUCUUGGGUUCAGCACGAUAUGGGGGGCAUAUGCCAAAAAGUUCAGUCCGGUGAUAAUGACCCCUGUUGUUUGUGUUGUUGGUCUUGGACUAUUCCAACUUGGCUUUCCCCAGGUUGGGAAAUGUGUGGAGAUUGGGCUUCCAAUGCUAAUUCUUGCGGUGGUUGUGCAACAGUAUGUGCCAAAUUACUUCAGUUAUAUCCAUCAACGGGUCACCUUCUUGUUUGAGAGGUAUUCGUUGCUUCUUUGUAUCGGCAUCGUGUGGGCCUUUGCAGCUAUCCUUACUGCUGCGGGUGCAUAUGACCAUGCUUCACCUAAGACACAACAGCACUGCCGCACUGAUAAGUCUUUCCUCAUGUCAUCGGCACCAUGGAUUAAAAUUCCAUUACCAUUCGAAUGGGGUCCUCCAAUCUUCACUGCUGGUCAUUCAUUUGGAAUGAUGGGUGCUGUACUUGUUGCAGCCUUCGAGUCAACUGGAGCACACUUUGCUACUGCUCGUCUAGCGGGUGCUACACCACCUCCAGCUUAUGUCCUUAGUCGGAGCGUUGGCUUGCAGGGUAUUGGAAUGUUCUUGGAGGGGAUCUUUAGUGUUCCAGCAGGUUCAUCUGUAUCAGUUGAAAACAUUGGCCUCCUUGGGCUGACAAAAGUUGGAAGUAGGAGGGUGAUCCAGAUAUCAACUGGGUUUAUGAUAUUCUUCUCCAUAUUUGGGAAAUUUGGGGCCUUCUUUGCAUCGAUCCCACUGCCGAUCUUUGCAGCAAUUUACUGCAUCUUGUUCGGCAUUGUAGCUGCUGUGGGAGUCUCGUUCAUGCAGUUUGCCAACAAGAACUCGAUGAGGAACAUCUAUAUCAUCGGACUCUCGUUGUUCCUUGGCAUCUCGGUCCCUCAAUACUUCAACGGAUACACUUCUUCAGCUGGCGGCCACGGACCUGCCCGGACAAAUGCUGGAUGGUUCAACGACAUUAUAAACACCGUGUUUGCUUCCGGGCCGACGGUGGCGCUAAUUGUCGCUUCUGUCCUGGACAACACGCUGGAGUUCAGGGGCUACGAGGCCGACCGGGGGCUCUCGUGGUUCCAGCCGUUCCUGCGCCGCCAUAAGGGAUACUCGGACCCCAGAAACGAGGAGUUCUACAGCUUCCCAAUCAGCGUCUAUGACGUCAUCCCAGACCGAUUUCGGCGCUGACUCCAAAUGACCGCUGUUACCCCGCAGCUGUGCAUGUAAAUCCCCGUGAGUCUUGUUAGUCUUACUCCUGUGACUUGUAGCGGCUGGUUCUAGGGGGAUAUGGGUAAAAGAAUGCUUAGGGCAAUUGCUUGGUUUGACUCUUUUCGGGAUAAGAAACGGGUUACAUGAUAAUGUAGAGCUCUGUGCCGGAUACAUUGGUUUUGGGAAGGGUUACAGAAGAAUACUAGCACCUUACAUGUUGAUGGGCAUUUAGUUGAAGGCAUUGGCUAUUUGUUUUUUUGCCCAAUAUAUGGCUGUUGGAGCUUGAUCU